GGGUGUAUCAUCUCGAUUCUUUCUCUUCUCCCCUAGCUCUCAUUCCAUUGCCAUGAUCGUUAUCAUCAUACAUUAUUCAUGAUGACGAUGAUGAUCAGCAAUCUCACCUCCUUCAUCUCCUCUGAAGCUAACGCCGCCGUCGCCGGAAACUUAGUCCCCCGGCAACUUUUUUUCCUCCACGACAUCCAAAUCUUGGAGCUCUUGGUGGCUCUAUGUGUUUUCGUGACCAUACACUCUCUGAGGCAAAAGAAACACCAUGGCCUACCCGUUUGGCCUCUUCUCGGAAUGUUACCCUCUAUGACUCUUGUCGUAGGAUUCCAAACCAACAACCUCUACGAGUGGCUCACUCAAGUCCUCUGCCGCCAAAACGGUACCUUCACAUUCAAAGGCCCUUGGCUUAGCAGCCUCCACUGCAUCAUCACUUCCGACCCUCGUAACUUGGAGCACCUUCUCAAAACCAAGUUCUCCAAUUUCCCCAAAGGCCCUUAUUUCCGUGACACAGUCCGCGAUCUCCUCGGGGACGGGAUCUUCAGCGCCGACGACGAGACAUGGCAGCGACAGAGGAAGACGGCCAGCCUCGAGUUCCACUCCGCCAAGUUCCGGCAAUUGACCGUAAAUUCCUUGUUGGAGCUUGUCCACGGGAGGCUUCUACCUGUAUUAGAGGACUCCGUCAAACACUCAUCAAUCGCCCAAAUCGACCUCCAAGACGUUCUUUUGAGGUUGACGUUUGAUAAUGUGUGCAUGAUAGCAUUUGGGGUCGACCCUGGUUGCUUGAGACCGGGGUUACCCCGAAUACCGUUUGCGCAAGCGUUUGAGGACGCCACGGAAGCAACGGUGAUGCGCUUUGUGACGCCGGCGUGUCUGUGGAAGGCCAUGAGGUACUUCAACUUGGGGGCUGAGAGGAAGCUCAAGAUGUCCAUUAAAGGAGUGGAUAAGUUCGCAGACGAUGUGAUUCGGACAAGGAAGAAAGAACUACUCAUGGAAUCACAUACUAGUUCCGUUGGUCAUCAAAAGCAAAGAUCGGACCUGUUGACGGUGUUUAUGAGGUUGAGAGAUGAGAAGGGUGAAGGGUUCACUGACAAGUUCUUGAGGGACAUAUGCGUCAACUUUAUACUGGCAGGGAGAGAUACUUCCUCAGUGGCACUCAGCUGGUUCUUCUGGCUGCUUCAUAUCCAUCCCGAGGUGGAACGCAAUAUUCUUCAAGAACUACGCACCAUAGUAGAAGCAAGAUCAACUAAUGAUAUUAAUGAAACCGAACUGGUUUUCUCGCCGGAAGAGAUGAAGAAGAUGGAUUAUCUUCAUGCUGCACUAUCAGAAGCUCUGAGGUUGUACCCUUCAGUUCCACUGGAUCACAAGGAGGUUGUUGAAGAUGACGUAUUUCCAGAUGGAACAAUACUGAAGAAGGGAACUAAAGUGAUCUAUGCAAUUUACAGCAUGGGGCGAAUGGAGUCAAUAUGGGGAAAGGACUGCAGGGAGUACAAGCCGGAGAGAUGGUUAAACCCAAAAGAUGGCCGAUUCCUGAGUGAGUCUGCCUACAAAUUCACCGCCUUCAAUGGCGGUCCUCGCCUCUGCUUGGGUAAAGAUUUUGCUUAUUAUCAAAUGAAAUUUGUUGCUGCCUCCAUCCUCUAUCGCUACCAUGUGAAGGUGGUCGAUAAUCACCCCAUUGUACCGAAGCUAGCAUUGACAAUGUACAUGAAGCAUGGACUCAAAGUCACUCUCCACAGGCGUACGCGACCUGAUCAAUGCAGCCUCAUCACCUGAGCCCCAAGUCAGAAUAGUUCUCAAUUAAGGAUAAUUCGUUAAUUACUGUUACUAGUCAAGUUAUGGCUUCUUAUUUUGUUGUUUGUGUUGUGGUUUUUUAUAGAUAAAUGGUAUUACCAUAUGUUCGUGUGGAUUUGUGACCUUCAAAUAUUUGAAUAAUGGGAUUAUGUAAGGAUAUUUAAUUGUUCAUGUCUGAAAUAACUUGCAAUUU